AUGUCUCUUCAGAAGGGUAUUGCAUGCAGCGAUAAGACGAAUGCUGUGUAUAUCACUGGCUUGGGUCAUGAGUACCCGUCCCACUCAAUCAAGCAGGAGCACUUCAUGGAACUGUUAGAGAAAUUGCACCCCGACGAAGUAAAUUCACCAAUUAUCCAAAAACUGGGGCGAUUCAAUGGUAGAUCAAGAAUCCUCUCUCGCCCAACUACCAUCGACUUCAAUAGAUGUACCGGAGAAGACGCCAUACCUCCAGAAAUCGACUGUAUCUCCCGCAUAUUUCGCACUUCAGGGGUACGGCUUGCUACCUCUGCGUGCAAGAAGGCUAUGCAAGAAGCUCAACUUGGACCUCGCGAUAUAACGCAUACUGUGGCAGUGACCUGCACUGAUCAGAACAAUCCAGGAUACGAUCACUUUGUAUGUCAAGAGCUUGGACUUGGGUCAAGUGUGCAAAGGUCGUUACUCCAUGGUGUUGGCUGUGCGGGUGGUUUAUCGGCGCUUCGUACAGCUGCUGAUAUUGCCGCCGCAGCAUCACUCAGAGGUCGGCCUGCACGCAUUUUGGUAAUGGCAUGUGAGUUGUGCAGUCUCUUUCUUCAAGCAGAGCUACAAGCCACCCUACAAGACGGAGAACUACACAUAGGUCCAGCAUUAUUCUCAGAUGGCGCAGCGGCGCUGGUGGUAUGCAACUAUCUUGCAUUAGAGGAGAAGCAAACACCGGUGUUCGAAUUGGUAGAGUGGAGUAGCAUGGUAGUGCCCGAUACUUCCGGACAUAUGUCUUACGUUAUAAAGAAGAAUGGCAUGAUAGCCACUAUCAGCAAAUUCGUUCCAGAAGCAGCCAUCAAGGCCAUCAUACCCAUGUUCAGACAUCUUCGCGCUGCCUUCGAUAUUACCCACAAGGCUGCGUCGUUGGUCCGCAGUCAGGCUUCAAGCUUCGAUUGGGCGAUACAUCCAGGCGGCGCGUCCAUUCUACAAGGGGCCAAGCAAGCCCUGUGUCUCACUGAUGACCACAUUCGAGCCUCACUCGACGUCUACCAACAUCAUGGCAACUCAUCAAGUCCAACCGUUCUUAUCGUGCUAGAUAAACUCCGUAUGAUGGGAGAAGGCAGAGAGAACGUGGUCGCCACCAGCUUCGGACCCGGGCUUAUAAUCGAGAUGUGCAUAAUGAGGCGGUGUCGUCGCAUUGUUGUGCCACCUCCAUUCAUGAUCGACAAGCAUACCUCUUGCAAAUUACAUGUUGAGCAAACUGAAGCACCACCGGCCGUCCAAGGCAACGACGACGUCACCGAAGCCGGUGAGAGGCUGGCAACGCCACCUUCUGCAUCCUUUAAGAACAAAUUAAAGAGAUACCAAUACACAGAGACACGGACGAUGCAAGAUACUCCAUUGUUAUCUGCAUCGCCAACAAAAUCUAGAAAGCGUAGUAGGACGACCGCAACGACUGCUGUCAAAAGCUUUCCCGAAUCGUCCGCAAGACCAAAAAAGAAGCGGAUGCCUAGCAGAUAUGCCGACCCAUCCAAAUACGCACAUCUAUCACCACUGGUCGACAUACUUCAGCCCAAUCUGAUAUGUGUCUUCGUUGGCACGAAUCCAGGCGUUCAGACCGCCGCCGCCGGACACGCAUAUGCGCAUCCUUCCAACCUAUUUUGGAAGCUCCUCCAUUCUUCAGGGCUUACCGACCGUCGACUGAAGCCUGAAGAAGACCGGAGUCUCCCUGAUCUGUAUUGUAUGGGCAACACUAAUAUCGUCGAGAGACCAUCCAAAGACGCUGCUGAGCUUUCGAAAGAGGAAACAGCAGCAGGUACCGCGAAACUCGAUGCCAAGUUCCUAAAAUACAAACCAGAAGCUGUAUGCAUAGUAGGGAAGGGUAUCUGGGAAGCGAUAUGGAGGUAUCGCUAUGGUAAAAACCUUGGCAAGAAAGAUUUCAAGUACGGAUGGCAGGAUGAAGAACACAAUAUGGGCAAAAGCAGGGAUGACAAGGAAGAGCGAAAUACCAACGGGAAUGUGUGGAAGGGGUCCAGGGUAUUUGUUACCACGAGUACGAGUGGACUAGCGGCGAGUCUAAAGCCGGCCGAGAAAGAAGCUAUCUGGAAGCCCUUUGGGGAAUGGGUGCAGAAGCGAAGGGCUGAACGAAACUUUCUGCCUCGGCCUUUGGAGGCCCAGGAAGCUAGCGACGAGACGCUAGAACCUUGA